AUGAUUAAAAAUUAUUAUGAAAAAAACGUAUUUUUUCUAUCAUAUACAAUAUCAAUAAUUCAUCAAAACAAACACCAAACUACAAAUAUGUUACAAAAUACGAAAAUACACAAGUUCAAAUCACCCAUUUUCUUUUUUUACUCCAAUUACUUUUAG